ACCCCCUCUCCCCGUCUCUUUGCCGAGCCCCAGCCCCCUCGCUCCGUGGAUCUUCCUCCUCGCGCGAGCCGGCGAGCGCCGUCACUCAUCCCGCUGCCGAGCGCCCGAGCCCCCUAGCUCGUCUUCCUCCUCGCUCGAGCGCCUCUACCGCAGUUCUAUAACUUGCUGACCUGACUUCAGUGAUUCGUGGGACCAACAAAAACUUUCAAAAUGGUGGUUCUUGCAGCAUCUAUAAUGUCGAAAUCUGGAAAGGCACUUUCUUCAAGGCAAUAUGUUGAUAUGUCUUGGAUAAGGAUCGAGGAUCUGCUUGCAGCAUUUCCAAAGUUGGUUGGGACUGGAAAGCAACAUACUUAUGUUGAGACUGAAAAUGUUCGCUAUGUUUAUCAACCAAUUGAAGCUCUUUAUCUGCUAGUCAUCACAAAUAAACAAAGUAACAUUCUUGAAGAUCUGGAGACAUUGAGGCUGCUUUCGAAACUUGUACCUGAGUAUUCCCCUUCUUUGGAUGAAGAGGGUGUGUCCAAGGCAUUCUUUGAGCUCACGUUUGCUUUUGACGAAGCCAUUUCUCUUGGAAACAAGGAAAAUGUAACUGUAGCACAGGUUAAACAAUACUGCGAAAUGGAGAGCCAUGAAGAGAAGCUGCACAAGCUGGUCAUGCAAAGCAAAAUAAAUGAAACUAAGGAUGUCAUGAGGAAGAAAGUUACCGAGAUUGAGAAAAACAAGAUUGACAGAAGCAAGAUUGACAAGGGAGCAUUUGGUCCCUCAAGAAUUCCAAGCAGCUUUAAUGACAUGAACAUUAGAGGUGGUGGUCCAGGGUCUGGGGGUGAUCCUAUAUUUGGUGAUAUGGACUCAUUCAUUCACAAGGCGAAAGGACGCCCAUCUGCUCCUUCUCCUGUUCCUACUAAAGUGCCAGGUGGAAUGAAAUUAAGUAAAGUGCAGAAGACAAAUCAGUUCCUAGAGUCUUUGAAAGCGGAAGGAGAAGUUAUUCUGGAGGAUACUCACCUAAGCACAAUUCAGUCAAGGUCAUCAUCUAUUCCACCAAGUGAUGCGAUCACAGUGACCAUUGAAGAGAAGCUGAGUGCCACUCUUAAAAGGGAUGGCGGAGUUAGCAAUUUUGAGAUUCAAGGAACCCUUUCUCUCCAAGUUCUUAGUGACGCUGAUGGUUUUAUCCAGUUGCAGAUUGAGAACCAAGAUUUACCUGGACUUAGCUUCAAGACACACCCUAAUAUUAACAGAGACCUGUUCAAUGGUCAGAAAAUUGUGGGGGCAAGUGAUCCGAACAGGGCUUUCCCAAGUGGUCAAAAUGAAACAGCUCUGGUGAAAUGGAGAAUCCAGGGGUUGGAUGAGUCAUCUCUGCCAUUGACAGUCAAUUGCUGGCCUUCAGUGUCUGGGAAUGCAACCGAUGUGAAUAUUGAAUAUGAAGCUUCAGAUAUGUUUGAUUUGCACAAUGUUGUCAUCUCUAUCCCUCUGCCCGCACUUAGGGAGGCUCCAAGUGUUAAACAUAUAGAUGGAGAAUGGAAGUAUGACUCAAGAAACUCCAUGUUGGAAUGGUCCGUUGUCCUUGUUGAUAAAUCCAACCGAAGUGGUUCCAUGGAGUUUUCUGUUCCUGCAGCUGAUCCAUCGACAUUUUUCCCCAUAUCUGUUAGAUUUUCUGCUUCAAAUACAUUCAGUGACUUGAAGGUUACUGCCAUUCGUCCAUUGAGGGAAGGCAGUGCAAAGUAUUCACAGUGGGUUCGACUGGUCACCGCUAAUUAUCAAGUGGUCUGAUGUUCCACUUAAAAGUUUGUUGGUUUAGUGAAGUAACUGCGGAUAUUUGCAGUAUAUAGUAACUUUUGAUUUUGGCCAAUAGGUAUACACACUUCAUUUUGUAUUUACUUUAUAUUGUAAAAUCUAUAAUUAAAAUAAUGUUCAUCCUACUGCACACAGUACAAAAAUGUGAUACUUCUGAUCCAUUGGUUGUUUGCUGCA